GCCGCCGGCGCGGGAAGAAGAACCGCAGCCGCCGCAACCUUCCCAUGGGUCAGUCCGCGGACGUGGACCAGGAGACGGGGAACGGAGACGACAGCGAGAAGGUCCUGCGGAACAUUCGCUACGAGGGGCAGUUCUUCAAGACCAAGAUCUGCGCCUUCUGGCAGAAGAACCAGUGCACCCGCGGCCAGGCCUGCAAGUACGCGCACGGCGCCCAAGAGAUGUCAUUGAUGCCAGACCUCAGGAACACGUCUCUCUGCCGCUCGAUGACAACCAAGGGCAGCUGCACGGUCGACGGGUGUCCCUUCGCCCACAGCCCCGAGGAGCUGAGGGCGACGGACAAGUUCUACAAGACCACCAUGUGCAGCUUCUCAUUCAGCGGCAGGUGCUGGCUGGGGGCGCUGUGCCGCCACGCGCACGACGAGAGCGAGCUGCGGCAG